GUAAACUAAUCUAUCGAUGUCGUGUAUCGAUACGACAACAACAUCGCUGCUCUCGUUUCUACGUCGUUGCAGUUGAUUAAAAUAAGUUUUCAUUGAAUCGGCAUGUUUAAUAUGCUUAAAUCGUUGUCAAUACCAUGAUUAACAAGUGUUUAGUGCCUCUAGUGCUUGGCAAAAAUGUAAAUGCUUAAGUUUUCAUAGCAAAACACAUAAAAAUUUCCAUGAACGCCAACCGAAAAAAUCUCUUCCGAAUCGAACAAAUUCAAACUAACACAUAGUGCCGCACUGUUCACACCGGAGCGCUGUUAUAGUACCGCAGUGAGUGCAAGUGAAGCAAACAGUCGUAUACGAAGAUAACAUACAUUUGUGUACCUACCUCUCUUCAAGUGAAAAUCCGUGCUGAAAUGAGUGAAACGACGGAAAACACCACGGAGUCGACGGCCACAAAUGAUGUCGCAAAGAGCGAGGAGCAGCAAGUGAAAGCGGCUGACAUAAAAGAAUCCAAAGAUAACGAUGCAGAUGCAACAGCCAUGGACACGGAUGCGGAUGCGAAUGCGGAUGCAAAUGCGAAUGCGGAUGCUGAUGGGGAUAAUGUGCAGGCACAAAGCGAGCAAUGCUUAAGCGUGAAGCCUAUUAAUUCUUCAGUAACCACAGUGGAUAUCAAUACGUUAACGCCGUCGACACCCUCACAGACGCCGCCACAGCUGCUGGCAGCUGAAACAAGUGCAACAACAACAGCAUCGGCUGCUUCAAGUGAGGCGACUGCUGCAACAGCCAUACCAGAGAAUAUAUUAUCGCCGCCCAAGUCGGAGACACAAACGGAUGAAACGAAUACGGCCACAUCGACCUCUUGCUCUCCAGCCUCAGAGGGUCAGAGGUCGCCCAUAGCAGAAGCUGAACUACAGCAGAAACCAGAUAAGCCAGCACCAAAAGCUGAGGAACCGGAAAAGGCAACCACAGUUAAUGGCACCAUACCAAAGUCGGGCAAACCGCUGGUAACGGCGCUCAACAAGAAACUAAACAAGUCAGCCACCACAUCGCCUCGAGCAUCACGUGCGCGCAAGCCGAAAGCUCUGCCCAUGUACGAAAGCGAAAUCAGUGACCAUAAAGUUGGCAUCAAGCUGUGCAUUAAGAAAUCGGAUGCAGCUGCUGGCGGGACGGAGCUGCCAGCUGCAGGUGCAAUCGCAACUCCAGUAGCACCUUCACCGAAAUCCGCAGCGUCAACGGCCAAAACUGCACGCAAACGGGUACGUAAACCGAAGCAACAGGAUAGCGACGAGAGCGAAUACGAGCCACGUAAAAAGAAGGCCGGCGGUGGCAGUAGCAAUAACAGCGAGCGUCAAAAGCGAAUAGCAAAUGCGGCAGCUACAGAAGCAGAUGCCGAGCCAGUUGAGCAGAGUCCCUGGGGUCAUGACUUGCCCGAAGAAGUGCUCUUUCAUAUCUUUGAACACGUGGUCGAUAAGGAGGGUUGCUUGCCCACGCUCUUUCGCCUCGGGCGUGUCUGCUCGUUGUGGAGACAGGUUUCGCUUAGACCCACGCUGUGGCGCACAAUGGACUUGACCACCUGGAUCAAGGAGAAAUAUCGGACGGAGCUCAAACUAAAAUGGUUUGUGGAUAACCGAUGCAGUGCGUGCACUGAACUUAAUGUUUCCAAUUGGAAAAUAUCGGAUAUCAACUGUUUUCUGGUCAAGUUGUCAAAUGGGUGUCCCAAUCUGACGGGCAUUACGUUAUCUGGCUGGAAGGGUUUCACAUCAGAUCAUUUAACAUAUCUGGUCGAUAAUAUGCAAAAGCUUCAACGCAUAGACUUGAGCUCAAUCAAUGUCGAGAUGAAUGCUAGCAAGAGCGCUGUGGGCGUUAAUUCACUUUGCAAUGCGUUGCAGACCAUGGGCAGUCGCUUGACUCACCUUUACUUGGCACACAAUCGUCUGGCGGGCAUACCCAAUAUUGUCGGCGUUCUAGCGACGCACUGUCCAAACUUGGAGCUCUUAGAUCUCUCAAAUGUGACCACUCAGGCUACAUCGCACGGCGUGCUAUACAUAGAAAAGCUGCAGCAUGGGUGUCAAAAACUGAAAGUUCUGCGCGUUACCAAUUCACACAUUACGCCGAGUCCAGCCAGCAUGCAGGAAAUUAUGGAUUCGCCGGGCUUUCCCAAUCUCGAGGAGCUUUCAGUGGCUGCGUUGACUGAUGAAUCUCGUAUCAUCAGUGAUGAUCAUUUGCAGCGCAUCUUGAAGAGUAGUUCCAAAUUGAAGCUGCUCGACGUACGCAAUUGCACACGACUAACACACGAGAGCCUAAUACGUUUGCCAGCCUGGGACAUUAAGCAUUUAUUUCUUUCGGGCUGCUCGGUGACACGUGACAUGGGAUCGGGUCUGGAACUCAUUGCGUCAAAGUGGGCGCAUAGUCUCAUUGAACUGGAUUUGGCCUGGGCAAAUGUACAGCAGCCCAUAGAUAAUGCACUGCGUGCCCUGGCUGAAAAGGGCAAAGAAUCGCCAUUGGCCCACUUGAAUCUGUGCGGCUCUUCUGUAUCCGAGGAGGCGGUAAAGGAAAUACUCACGAAUUGUGUGCACAUGAGCUCAAUUAAUUUGGCAUCGUGUCGCGGCUUGCCACGCGGCGUUAAGCGCCUUAUGCAGGGACCACAGGAGUUGCACGAACUGCGCGAGGUACUCGGCGUACAGCUGAAAGUGCAGUAGAGACUAUAACUAGAAUGUACAACAAUUUCUCCUUCAAUUGUUAGUAACAAUUGAAAUUGUUAUGCAUUCUGUUACAAUUAGGAAAAACGACAGAGAGAGAGAGAGAGUAACGAAAGCGUUAAGUGUUUGUGGUUUCUGUUUUCCACUAUAUAUGCAAUAGUCGAAAAUCGCUUCGUAUCUUCCAACUUCAUGCUUCAAUUUGUUUUCUAGGCCCGCGCACCUUUGUGUUUUGUAAAUGCAAUAUAUAUGUAUUCAUUAAUUAAUUG